GGUGUAUCCCCGCGUACAUCAAGCUUCAUUAAAUGGCUGACUAUAGAAAUCGUCUAGUUGAGCCCUGCGCGGCAAAAUGUAUCAAACACCCGUCAUCGAGCUCGGAGGGACCCGAUCCGUCCGACUCAUUUAACUAUUUGAUGUGGAGACGAGCCCUGCUUCAUCGUUUCCCCCCUAAUCCAACGACGACGGUUCAUCCAGAAUCCGGUGAUGCAUCUCCCACCCAUGAAGAAGAUCCCCUCACCCCGAUCGGCAAGGCCCUCCGACUUGCCUUGGAGGAGCAGUUCUCGCCGAACGCCGGGGAGGUGCUGAGGCGUUGCCGCGACGAACCCUUCCCGAUCCCGCACGGUGAAGCCACCGAAAUGCGUGCCCUCCUUCAAACAAUAGAAGUGGCUGCGAGGCUCGCCAUGGGGCGUCCGAAUGACAACGCGUUGGCGAACUUAAUCGCGGGCCUUCGACAGCAAUUCAAACUGCUUUGUGCGAAAAAAGUCGUGGAGUUACGGGCGGGGAAGUUUCCCGGGCUCGUCGUGGUGGUGGAGCUCUCCGCGUUCCAGGUGAUCCUACGGCGCUGGGAGGAGGCCGACCUCGGCUCCAGACGUACAGCUAUACAAAGUGCGGUGAACAUUUGUCAGCUUAUUCAAAGCGAGGCCUCGGAAUGCUGUCGAAAAGCCUUAACGGCGGCGUUGAACGAUCCCCAGACGUUGAAUGUAGAGUCGACGCAGCAGCAGAUUCGAGACGUCGUGGCGUCCGUUCCUUUUGAAUUCCCAGACGCCUGUCGGAUGGCUCUGAGCUCGAUUAGGGCUGCCGAUGCGGAACCCGAUGGGAAGCUGUGGCUGCCAUCCGUGGAGAGCUCAGAAGCAAGAAAGGAUGCGAUCACCUUAGACUCAUCCACAGACUCCGAAGACGACCCUCGGACGGUUGCAGACAUGGUGCUAAGAGUGGAUUAAGGCUCGCAGGCGUGCGGGGAUCUACUCAUAUCAAGAUGAAAAUGUUCUUGUAGCGUCCACGUUGUUCUUUUAAAAAAUGAGAAACUACCCCCUUCUCCAGAGUAUGGGCAUUACGGUAGGAGGAUUCCACGAUCUAAACUGGACCUGGUGUCGGGACCGCAAACGAUGAUAUUUUGAUGAAGUAUUCGUCUGUUAAACAUAGAAAGGGUAAAGAAUCAAGAAGCAUUGCACUCUUGAAUAGAGUACGUUACGUUGUGAUAGCGUGUAUUGAGCUUCCGUUAGUAUCAAUGGGUUUGGGGGACUUUUUUUAUUGGAAUACUGCCAGUUCGAGGAUAAAUGUUCAGUCAUCGCUAGCUUUCCUUGUCUGUUGGUUUAAUGCAAGCCACAGUAAGCCAAGAUGAAAGAAAAUCUCUUACCGACAACUGAAGCCUACAUCCACACGAUGUCGUUUAACUGAUCAGCAACAUCGGCAUGUGUAAAGCAACUCAUAAGAAAGCACCUCCAGUUUACCUCAAAGAUAUGGCAGAUUUUGAUGGAAAAGUUCCCAAGAUGGAAUCCGAAACCCUCAUGGCACCUCUUUCAUGGGUCGCACUUUGAAAGCUAGGCUCGAUGAAGAGGAUGGGAGGAAAGCAUUCUUCAUACCCCAAGUAACAUACUUGCGGCAAAUACUAAACGUAAAAUCGGCACACCGGAAGUUCGGUCCGAGAUGAUGCGAUUAGAUGCGAUACAUUCAAAACCAUCAUGUUGGUGGAUUCGUUCCGCCCUAAGUGCGAGUCAUCACUCACGAGGAGUCCAUUGAUAUCGCAAUUGAUCGGUACCCCGUACCUUUUUUGUUAUUAGAGCCACACGCUCUCUUACGAUGUGUUGUGUGACACCAUUGCAGAAGAGGGGGAAUCCAGACAAAUGAGGGGAUGCCCCUUCAAAGGGGAGACGGCCCGCACCUGGACUCAGUUGACACAAGUGGUGGGCCCGUGUGGACUGUCACGUAAGGGUCACCUUCACAGGUGCGCGCAUGUGAUGGGU